GCAAAGUACUUUUUUUUUUUUUGGAAAGUGAAAGCAAAGUGCUAAUCAUUCCAUUCCAUUCCAUUCUCUCUUGCGAGUCCAAACACAAUAAAGAUAUGGCAACCAACAUUGUUUCCUUUCACCUUCUUGUUUUUUGCUUGGUGGUUUUCCAAUGCUAUGGUGCAAACCAGGGAGCCACCACCUUCAUUAAGACCUCAUGCAGAGCCACGCGGUACCCACCCUUAUGCGCCCAGACCCUCUCUUCUUACGCCAACUCAAUCCAACAAAACCCGCACCAGCUCGCCCAAACCGCUCUCUCCGUCAGCCUAGCCAGGGCGGGAUCCGCCGCGAAGUUCAUCAUCGGGCUCACCAAAACUGCCGGGCUGAAGCCCAGGGAGUCGCAGGCUCUCAAGGACUGCGCGGCUAACAUGGCCGUCACCGUGGCUCAGCUCAAGCGCUCCAUCAAGGAGCUUAGCCAGACGGACAACGUGCCGAAGCGUAGCUUUUCGUGGCGAGUUGGGAACGUGCAGACAUGGGUGAGCACUGCUAUAACUAAUGGGAACAAUUGCCUUGAUGGGUUUUCUGGAUCCGCCAUGGAUGGGAGCGUGAAGGGUGCCGUUAGUCCCAAAGUGCUUAAUGUGGUGCAAGUCACCAGCAAUGCUCUCGCCUUGGUUAACAACUUUGCUGCUAGGCAUAAGGCUGGUGCAGCCACCAUUGUUCCUUGAAUGAAUUGGUGACCACAAGUUCGAUCUUGGUUAGUUUUGGUCGGUUUGCACGAGUUAGGUCGUUGGUUUUUUUCUUUUUGUGGGUGACGAGUUAAACUCGCAGCCAUUACUCAAAGUAUACUGGAUAAAUCUUAUACUUGUGUAAUAACAUGUUGUGACUACCAACGUUUGUUUUAUGUGUUGUAUUGUAGAUUGUGCAUCAGUUUUUGUGCACAAUUGAGUAUAGCUCACAUCGAUCGAGGCUAGUUAAGAAUUUC